AAAAUCAAAUAUGAUUUCAAAGGUUGUUUUUGUUUAUUCAAAAUAUACUACUAUCAGUUAAAAAAUGGUUUCAUAAGUUGAGUAAAUAAAGUCACAAACCAAAGCCAUGUACUGUAAUGUUUUGUGCAGCUGCCAGCCGAUUGCAGAUUGUUAGAGCAACUUCUCUUUUUUCUUCAAAACUGGUCAUUGACCUUUCACCAAAAGCUUUGCCAAGUCCAACCUGCUCUUCACCCAAGCACACCGAAAGGUUCCAACAACUUUCCUAAUAAACUAUAGUUCCAACAGCCUUUCCAUCUGUCUCAAACUUUAUUUUAAUCCUCGUUCAAACCUGUUAUUGAACUAUUCAAAGAUGUCACAUUACCAAUACCAACUGACCAACCAAAGCCCAAACACAAGGGCUAACAAAUAAAACCUGCCUUGAUUUUUUUUCCCCCCUGUUUCUAGACCCAAGCCUCCUUUCGAAAUCUAAGUCAACAAUUUAAGCCUUUUGUGGUCAAAGGUCAAAACACCCAACAACUUAGCCACCCUGGUUAUCAAUUGCCAUCUCACUCCCUCCCCUCCAACACAAUCCUCCCCCAUGCAUCCAAUCCCUACCCCUCCCCUCCUCUUCCUCCUCCUCCUCCAUUUCCUCCACCAUACGACGGCGUUUCCUCUGCCCGAUAACUCCACCUUGUCGGGCUGCAACCAGACCUUCUCAUGCGGCGAAAUAACAAACCUUGGCUACCCAUUCACCGGCGGCCCACGUCCAGCACACUGUGGUCCACCCGGUUUCCGCCUGACCUGCUCAAACAACACCAUCCUCGAGUUACUAUCCGACUCACUGACUUACCGAGUAAUCAAACUCGAUCCCCAAACUCAAACCAUGACACUCUCCCGAUCUGACCUUUACAACAACCCAAUCCCAUGCAUGCUAAAUUUUACUAAUACCACUCUAAAUUCCACUAUCUUCACCCUAACUUCAGCGAACCAAAAUUUAACGCUUUUUUACGGUUGUUACUCCCUGAACUCUUCCUCGUUCCAUCCUCUUAACUUGUUCUCAUGUAACAAUACUGGAGCUUACUACGUUGUUGGUCCAGUUCCGAGUGAUCCAGUGUUUAAAAUUAUACAAUGCAAUGUUAGUGUUAUAGUGCCGAUACUGGGAAGUGCAGUGAAUGCGCUUCUAAGGAAUAGAUCAUUGCUUGGGGAGGUUUUGAUGGAAGGGUUUGAUGUGAAUUAUACUAUUCCUCAAGGCGAUGAGUGUUCCAAGUGUCCUGAUUCUGGUGGGGAGUGUGGGUGGCUUUCGGGUAGAGCUGUUUGUAUUUGUGGUGAUAGGAUUUGUGACACGAAAGAUACAAACAAGCAGGAUGUCAGCCUUCCAAUAGGCCUUGCAAUAGCUGGUGCAGCUAUAGUUGGUAUACUACUGGGCAUGGGAAUUUUACGCUACAGGCAACAACGGAGAAAGAAAAUUGCAGACCAAGAUAAGAGCAGAGACCUUCCUACACCUCCCUCGAGCACAAGCAAAGGACCACCUACUUCUACAACUAAUCUGUCUCAAAGCAUUCCUUCAUAUCCCACCUCAAAUUUAGAUGACCUUGAAAAACGGAGCACCUACUUUGGAGCUCAUGUCUUUCGCUAUGAAGAACUUGAGGAAGCCACUGAUAAUUUCAAUCCUUCUAAAGAACUUGGAGAAGGAGGCUUUGGAACUGUUUACUACGGUGUACUCAAUGAUGGGCGUGUAGUUGCAGUUAAGCGCCUAUUCGAGAGCAAUUUCAAGCGUGUUGAUCAGUACAUGAACGAAAUUGAAAUCCUCACUCGCAUACGCCAUCCAAACCUUGUCACACUCUAUGGAUGCACCUCAAGACGUAGCAGAGAACUUCUCCUUGUUUAUGAGUACAUUCCUAAUGGAACUGUGGCUGAUCAUUUACAUGGAAAGCUGUCAAAUUCCGGUUUGCUUGCUUGGCCUGUUAGGUUGAGUAUUGCUGUAGAGACAGCAAAUGCACUGGCUUACCUCCAUUCAUCAGAUAUUAUACAUCGUGAUGUCAAAACCAACAACAUUCUCUUAGACAAAGAUUGCCAUGUAAAAGUGGCUGAUUUUGGUCUCUCACGAUUGUUUCCUAAUGAUGUUACUCAUGUCUCGACUGCUCCACAAGGCACACCUGGCUAUGUUGAUCCUGAGUAUUACCAAUGCUACCAGCUCACUGAGAAAAGUGAUGUUUAUAGUUUUGGAGUGGUCUUGAUUGAGCUUAUUUCAGCAAAACAGGCUGUGGAUACCAAUAGGCACAGACAUGAUAUUAAUUUGGCUAACAUGGCUAUCAGCAGAAUCCAGAAUCAUGCAUUGCAUGAACUGGUUGAUCCGUCACUUGGGUUUGAGAAUGAUCAUGCUUUGAAAACAAUGAUUACAGCAAUUGCAGAAUUGGCUUUCCGGUGUUUGCAACAGGAGAGGGAUAUGAGACCUUCAAUGGAAGAAGUGCUGGAGGCAUUGAGAGGAAUUAAGGAUGGCGAAUUGGUGGUAAAAAAAGCAGAGAUAGUGGAUAUAACGUCAGAAGCAGAGGUAGUGGAUAUAAGGUCAGAAGCAGAUGUGGUGGAUAUUAGAUCAGAAGCCGAUGUGGUGGAUAUUAGAUCAGAUGAUGUUGGACUAUUGAAGCACAUUCCUCCUCCACUUUCUCCAGAUUCAGAGACUGAUAAAUGGCUGCAGAUAAGAUCGAUGUAAUCUGAGCUUUCUGCUCUUUAUUGUGGAAUCAUAGAGGAGCAUGCAUGCCAGCAGCAUUCUCAGUUCAGGAAUUUCUCCUUCAAACGGUAAUAUAUAUGCCUUGUACCUUGUGGACAUGCACUAAAGUGUUGAUCGAGUAAUAGAAAAUACUUAAAAACAUGUGGCUGUAGGAUGUGGGCAUCCAGCAGUUUGAUAUUUAGCGAACAAAUGCAUUAUAAACUGUGUUAGAACAUUGUUACUUGUAAAUUAUAAUUUACUAGUAUAAAAUCUUCGAUUUUGAACUUAAUUGUCCUCAAAUCUGAUUCACAAAUCCCCCAUCAUCUCACAUUUGAAAAUCAUCUUUGUUGAUUGACGGGGAAAAUCUCACAUUAUUGAUAGCUAAAGAUUGGAUUGUAAUUUAUAUGCAAGAGCUUAUCCUUUCUUAUCCGAGGUGCUUUCUGUCAAAAGACAAUAAUUGCAAAAGCUCUUUGUACUAACAAAAAUCCAUCUAUGGGAAUCCCAUAUCCUUUUGAGAAAAAACAAUUCAUCCUCGUUUAGUGUCUUGUGAGAGAAGACUUAGAUAAUAUUUUUAUA